GACGCGCGCUCACGCAUAUCUGACAGGAGCUCAGUGCUAAGAUGGCGGAGGAGGCGGUGGCCAGCGUACUGGGGUCCGGAGUGUUGCAGGAGAUCUUCACCAGCCCCCUCAACAUCAGCCUACUGUUCCUGUGCCUCUUCCUCCUGUACAAGAUCGUGCGGGGCGAUCGGCCCCCGCAGGUCGAGCAGGAGGACGAAAGCGAGAAGCUGCCCCGGCUACGGAGGGACUUCACUCCGGCCGAGCUGCGGCAAUUCGACGGCAAGCAGGACCCGCGGAUCCUCAUCGCCGUCAAGGGCAAGGUCUUCGAUGUGACCAGUGGCAAGAAGUUCUACGGAGAAGGUGGUCCUUAUGGCGUGUUUGCUGGAAGAGAUGCAUCAAGGGGCCUGGCUACAUUUUGUUUGGAUAAAGAGGCACUGAGCGAAGAAUAUGAUGACUUGUCUGAUCUCGAUGCUAUGCAGUUGGAAAGUCUUCAGGAGUGGGAAAUGCAGUUCAGUCAGAGGUACAACUAUGUUGGAAAACUCCUGAAGCCAGGAGAAGAGCCCACGGAAUACACAGAUGAAGAAGAUACAAAAGAAGCUAAAGAACUGAAGAAGGAGUGAAGUUCUGCAGUUUGGAGAGAUCUAUUUUUGUAGAAUCAAUCACACAACAAGAACAUCGAAUUUUUAGAGUAAAUUUCUUUGGGCCGGGGGGGCAUGAUUUUCACAACACUUCAGAACUUCUUAGAUCAACAGAUGUGUAUUGUUAGGAGCAUCAAGUGACAGUUAGGUUGUGUGUAGGACGUUUGUCUUUCAAAAUAACAUUGAACUAGAAAUAUUGUAAAACUAUAAAGACACUAUUCAUCCUGAUCAAAAUAGGGCAGUCAGGUUUGAUAAUCAAACUCUCAGUUCAUUCAGGUUUAUCUGAAUUGUCUCUGAAAUAUUUGCCUAAUUUCUUUAACAUUACAGGAUUCAAAGCUUUUGCUACAUUUUGGUAAUUAACUUCAUAGAAGUCACUACAUGGAAAUGGACCACUUAGUCAAUCCAUUUGAUAACAGCGAUUACCUUUCACAAGAGCUUUUUGUAUUAAUCACAUUCCUGCAGAGCUAAUUUUUAUCUGUCUGAAGUUGAGCCUCUGCCUGUGUUGCCAGAGAAGUGAGCAGCAUAAAGCCAAUUUACGUUGUGUAGAGUUACUGUAAAAUCGGCUGUUAAUUUUGUUCCGAGGUGUAAUCUUCCUUUUCACGUAACAUGGCCCUUCUAAUUAGGGUAUAAUGCCUCGGUGGCAGUUUGUAACAACAACACAAGGCAAAUAAUUUUUAAGGGUUGAUUUUGCAAGAGCAGUCACAUAGAGUCCAUUGGUUUAAACCAUAUUCCCCUUUAAAAUAUCGAUCUUAUGAACGAAAUCAUUUUAAUAUGCAUGUUUAGAUACAGUAUAUUUUAUCUUUUUUUCUAACUGAUAGAAUAACGUUUUUAAUUUGUAUUUUUGUCUCAACUCAUACAUUAUAGUCAUGAUUUGUUAAAUGUAAUUUCUUGAAUAUUUUUUAAAAAGUCGAUCUUUUAAACACCCAUGUAUCUACUAACAACAUACCAUUGAAUCUGUUUAAAAAUAUACAGGUACUGGAAGCCUUUUUUUUUGUGAAAUAAAUGAUGUCAGUACUUGGAA